AAGGCGCGCGUUAAUGCGCUUAAUGCUUCCGCCGCUCGGUAAUGGCGGGUCAUUAUUACGCGCGGUAAUUAAGACGGGUGCUAAUUGUCACAUGCGCCAUUCCCCCCUCAAAAAACAAAAUGUCAGGCCAAGUAUUGAAUUUUUAAUGUUUAGUCACGCAAAGUGCUGACCUUCUAAUUGUAAAGUGGCAGCAGGUGUGAAAUGAGGUGAAUGAAGCCCGCCCCUUGCUGAUCCACAGGAGGGGGCUGAUGUUCCAUAACUGCUGGUGAAAAUCCAACCAUCCAUUUUUUACCGCUUGUCCCUUUUGGGGUCGCUGGAGCCUAUCUAGUAGGCGAGGUACACCCUGGACAAGUCUCCUCCUUAUCACAGAUGAAACCAGGCGAGAUUGUUCGAAUCAAUGGACUAGACAGAGUAUAACCUUUUGAUUGCUACCUGAUCAGAACCUAUUUAUCCACACUCUUGGGCCCCACUGCUGUGUUUACCAGCAUGGGACUGGAUUGAUAGGCUCCGAGGAUGGAAUCUGCUGUGUCCCUCUCCACGGUCCAUCUACACCUUAACACAAACAUUUACGACAACGACAGCAGCCUCUGCACGGGCCGAGGCGUCCACCCGCAUUACCCCAACGCUGUCCACGGCAGACCCCACAGCGCCCUGCUGGGUAUCUCUCUGGGCUUCCUCUCCCUGCUCACCAUCUUAAUGAACAUGCUGGUUCUUUACGCUGUAAAGAAAGAGAAAAGCUUACACACGGUGGGGAACCUCUACGUUGUUAGUUUAUCUGUGGCCGAUUUGAUCGUCGGCACCACGGUGAUGCCGCUAAAUCUGGUGUACCUGCUGGAGGACGAGUGGAAGCUGGGCAGGGCCGUCUGUCAGUUUUGGCUGAUUAUGGAUUAUGUCGCCAGCACCGCGUCAAUUUUCAGUUUGUUUAUUCUCUGUUUGGAUCGGUACCGCUCUGUAAGACAGCCGCUCAAAUACCUAAAGUAUCGAACACGGGGGAAAGCGAGCAUGAUGAUAUCUGGGGCCUGGUUGCUGUCGAUGACGUGGAUUGUUCCUAUUUUGGGAUGGAGGUCUUUCACCCGUGUAGAACUGAAACCCGAGGAGGAAAACAAGUGCGACACGGAUUUCCGCUUCGUCACGUGGUUCAAAGUUAUUACAGCGGUCUUGAAUUUUUACGUACCUUCAGUUUUGAUGCUUUGGUUUUACACUCACAUCUACUUGGCAGUGAGGCAACACCUCAAAGACCGAGAGAGGAUCAUCCAUCCGGUGGAUUCAUUCGUGGAAAAUGUGAACGGGCAGAAUGCUCAGACAUUAAAUGCCUCCAAGUCGCCCGAAAUGGAAUGUGCGGCUCCGAUAAAACUGUUAAAAAGGCAGCUUGACCAGAAGCUUCUAGACCAGACGUACUCCCUGGAGGAGUUUGAGAAGGCCAAAAGUGCCCUUUCCAGAUCUCACAGAAAAAUCGGUGCUCAAUGUCCGGAGCCGACAAACCAUCUCGCAAUGUCGACCAAACCAGGAAAGGGCUCCUUAUCCUCUGAGGAGAAGAACCAAGAAGCUGUUCCUCUCAGUCCACCUUCCUUACCAGCAGAAAAUGUAAUUUCAGAAACGAACAAUGAAUCGUCUUUGAAUGAAUGCUACGUCACAGUGCCAAACUCGGUUGUUGGCGUCUGCGACGUCAAUCAGGUGCAGAGGUAUACAUCCGUGGCCUACAACGCCUACGACCCCAGUCAAACUGUACUGUGGUCCGCCUCCGCCGACAACCUGGACGAGCCAAACGAGGUGACUCUGAGACAAACCUGGCAACGCUUCGUGGAACACUCCAGAGAAAGGCUUCAAAGUCUGAGGAUCCACAAGGAGCAUAAGGCAGCCAGGCAGUUGGGCUUCAUCAUCGCAGCGUUCCUGCUGUGUUGGAUUCCGUACUUCAUAGCCUUCAUGGUGAUGGCGUUCUGCAGGGAGUGCGUGCACCACGACCUCCACAUGUUCACCAUAUGGCUCGGCUACUUCAACUCCACCCUCAACCCUUUCAUAUACCCGCUCUGUAAUAGGAAUUUUAAACGAGUCUUCAAGAAUAUUCUGCACAUUAACUUGUGACAGUGGUUUCAGCAUAUCUGCUAAGUUCCUGUCUUGAGACUUUUAUACCCUUUUUGGGAAAAGGGUGUCACCCGCAGCUAUCUGCUAGUGUCUGACGGCACAUUCUAGCAACACAUUUGAACAAAAACACUAUCAAAUAACAAAAAGACUCAACCUAACAUGGAGAAGUUCAGGAUGGGCCAUUCCACAAAAUCGGUGCCAUUUACCUGUUGUAACUCACUUAAAAUAAUGUAUUUUUUAAAUCUGCUACAUUGAACUACUCCAAAACGUGUAUUGGCCCAUUCAAGGCAACUUUAUUUCAUUUCUCUACAAGGUUUCUAAGCCAAAGAUAACUAAUUCGAGUAACAUGAGUGAGAGUUUUUACUAGAGAAUUAGUAUGUUAAAACUUUGGGCCUGAUUUACUAAAGGUUUGCGUGUACUAGGGUUGUACGGUAUACCGGUGUUAGUAUAGUGCCGCGAUACUAAUGAAUCAUAUUCUUUACUGUAAAGUACCGGUCUCCUCAUUGCUGGUUUACAAGCAGAGGAGCAUGUUCGGCAGCGCACAACCACGGAGUACUUACUAGCAGAGACAAUGUGUAGACAGAAAAAGGAGAACGGACGCAUUUUGGCUUAAAAACUAACGAUAAAGGUGAAGUUAUAACACUGAAACGCUCUCAGGAAGAGGUGCUUUAAGUUAUACGGCUAGAGUUCAGCCGCAGUCGGAAGUUUUUUGGCUACAUCGAAAUCACUAAUCCUCGCCUCCAUGGCGACAGAUAAAGUAAGUUUCUUACAAGAAUCAUCCCUGCAGGACGAGGGAUAGCUAAACAUGCUUCACUACACACCGUAGCUCACCGGCAUCACAAUGUAAACAAACGCCAUUGAUGGAUCUGGAACUAACAUCCGCUGUAAAGAUACCAAGUAUAGGAGCGUAUCUAGUCCAUACUACUAUGAUUACAUCGAUAUUUUUUGGCAUCACAUCUUCUUUUGUUUUUUAUUUAGUUAUUCAUAUUAUGUUGUGGCGACUUGUCCAGGGUGUACCCUGCCUUCCGCCCGAUUGUAGCUGAGAUAGGCGCCAGCGCCCCCUGCGAGCCCGAAAGGGAAUAAGCGGUAGAAAAUGGAUGGAUGGGAUGGAUGUUUAUAAACUCAGGAAAUACGUCCGUGAACACAUGAGGACUUUGAAUAUGACCAAUGUAUGAUCCUGUAACUACUUGGAAUCGGAUUGAUGCCCAAAUUGGUGGUAUCAUCCAAAACUAAUGUAUAGUAUCAAACAACAGAAAAAUAAAUAAUUAUUACAUUUUAACAAAAGUGUAGAUAGAGCAUAUUAAAAGAGAACGUAAGCAGAUAUUAACAGUAAAUGAACAAGUAGAUUAAUAAUUCAUUUUCUACCACUUGUUCUUAAUAAUUUUAACAAAAUAAUAGAACGGAAAAUGACACAAUAUGUUACUGUAUAUGUCAGCAGCUAAAUUAGGAGCCUUUGCUUGCUUACUUACUACUAAAACACAAGUUGUCUUGUAUGUUCACUACUUUAUUGAAGGAAAAACUCGGAAUAAGAAACAUUUUUAAAGUACCCUAACAACAUUUAUGUUAAAAUAAAGCUAAUAAUGCAAUUUUUUGUGAUCCCCUUUAUUCAGAUAAGUAUCGAAAAGAGGGUAUUUGUAUCGGGACAACACUAGCGUGUACUAAAACACGUGCAAACUCCACAGCCCACGCAAAACUAAUCUAAUAAACUUCUGCAAGGUGGACUCCGCCUGUUGUGUGUUCAAAAUAUAAAGAACGCAAUUCAUUUUGCUUCUUGUAUUCAUUAACAUGCGAAACCUUUGAUCUUUAGAACGCCCACAACACUGGGAGGUGAAAAUGCAAACAUAUUAAACAGCACACGCAAUGUGAUUAAUCACCACUCAGCACUAUUUCGCGUUUUAUUUGCCAUGUCUAAAAAAUACGUGCAACCUGACAGUUACGCAGGAUCGGUGCAAAAGAAAACCCUCCGUCCUACAUGUGUGUCAACACUCAACCAAUUUGGACUGUAAGAAUAACAUAAAUAUUAGACAUAUUGUCUAUUCAGCAACAUCCUUUUAUAAUUGUAAAGCUGCUGGAUGACUUUAGGGGCUGAUGAAAACCAAUUCAAUUGAUGGGUUUUGGUGUUU